AGGAAAAGAAAGUCAGGGAGUUGUGGAAGGAGACUUUAACUUAGACACAAUUAUAUAGGUUUCUCUGGAGCUGCCUGGAAUACACUUCCCCUGUCCUACUUCCCAACAGUAAGAAAAGAGCAAAAGAAAAAGGCGAGAUAAGAGGAGUGGGCUAAUAUGAGGCUCAGUGCAUGUGUGUGUAGCCUGUGCUUGUCCCCGAGCCAGUGAUGAGAGCCUCCUGACUAAAUUGAGACAGACUGGAUUCAUAGCAUCAGUGCAUUCUCUGCCUUCCACUUCACCCUUUUGGAUUAGUUAUGUUCAAUGCUGAAGAAUAUUGGAUGAAGAUACAGAAAUAAGGAAUCCUUUUUUCUCCACUUGUUUUCCAAGGUGGUGUUAUUCUUCCUCUCAUGUGAAAUAGCUCCUCCAAACUUGAAUAAUGUAUUUAUAUGGGUGCAGAGGCUCCUGGUUACCAGUGCUGCUUGGUGCUGUAAGUGCGCUGGUGGUGCUGACAGCUGGUAACGCUGGGCACAACCAGGACAGAGGGCAGGGUGGACCAUCCUGCUUCGGGGGCUUUGACCUCUACUUCGUUUUGGACAAAUCUGGGAGUGUGCAGCACCACUGGGCUGAAAUCUAUCACUUUGUGGAACAUCUGGCUCACAAGUUCAUAAGUCCACAGCUGCGCAUGUCCUUCAUUGUGUUCUCUACUGAGGGAAGGAUUUUGAUGCGGCUUACAGAGGACAGGGAGCAGAUUCGUAAAGGUCUGGAGGAGCUCCAGAGGGUACUUCCAGGUGGAGACACCUUUAUGCACGAAGGCAUCCAGAGGGCCAGUGAGCAGAUAUACUAUGGAAACUCUGAAGGAUACCGUACCGCAAGUGUCAUUAUCGCUCUCACUGAUGGGGAGCUGCAUGAGGACCUCUUCUACUAUGCUGAGAGGGAGGCCAACCGAUCGCGGAGUCUGGGUGCCUCAGUAUACUGCGUGGGGGUGAAGGACUUCAAUGAGACACAGCUGGCAAUGAUUGCUGAUAGCAAGGACCAUGUCUUCCCAGUGGAUGACGGCUUUGAAGCACUGCAGGGUGUCAUUGAUUCGAUCUUAAAGAAGUCCUGUAUUGAGAUCCUGGCAGUGGAACCCUCCAGUAUCUGUGCAGGAGAAACGUUCCAGGUGGUGGUGAGAGGAAAUGGCUUCCUCCAUGCUCGGAAUGUCCAUAAGGUCCUGUGCAGUUUCCGAAUCAACGACACACUCACCAAGAGUGUGAAGCCACUAAUAGUGGAAGAUACAUAUCUCCUCUGUCCUGCCCCUAUUCUACAGGAAGAGGGAAUGGCAGCCAACCUCUAUGUCAGCAUGAAUGAAGGUCUUAGUUUCAUCUCCAGUUCAGUCACCAUUACAACUGUGAGCUGUUCUGAUGGAACCAUCCUGGCCAUCGCCCUGCUCAUCCUCAUGAUGCUCUUAGUCUUCAUGCUGCUCUGGUGGUUCUGGCCUCUCUGCUGCACUGUGAUGAUCCAUGAGCCACCACCACCAGUACUGGAAGACAGUUCGGAUGAGGAAGAAGAUGGGAUGCCCAAGAAGAAGUGGCCCACGGUUGAUGCUUCCUAUUAUGGGGGCAGAGGUGUGGGUGGAAUCAAAAGGAUGGAGGUGCGUUGGGGUGAGAAAGGCUCUACUGAGGAGGGAGCCAAGCUGGAGAAGGCCAAGAACGCCAGGGUGAAGAUGCCCGAGCAGGAGUUUAUACAGACCCCGACUCGCAUCCUCAACAAUGGCACGCGCAAGCCUCCUGGCCCUCAUAAGUGGUACUCACCAAUUAAGGGCAAGCUGGAUGCUCUGUGGGUUUUGCUGAGGAAAGGCUAUGAACGUGUGUCUGUGAUGCGACCACACCCAGGAGAUAAGGGCCGAUGCAUGAACUUCACCCGGGUCAAGUCCAAUCCUCCUCGCUACCCCCACUACAACCAUCACUCAGCCCCCAUCUACACCCCUCCAAGAGGCUGCAACCCACCACCUCCCCAAGGCAAACUCCCCCUUCCCACCGGCAGCCCCCCAGCCUCCCCCUCUCCAUCCUCCACCUCCACCUCCACACUGCCUCCACUGCCCUCAAAACCCCCUCCUUUUUCUACCACUCCUCUUCCUCCCAUUACUCCACCUCCUACCAUCACACCCCCACCUUACACUCCUCCUCCAACUCCAGCCCUUCCUCCAACCACUCUGCAUAUACCCCCUCCUCCUAUGUGCCCCCCUUCCCCGCCACACCCUGCAUCCCCAACCAGCCCCCUGCCCCCACCCCCUCAGGCCCCUCCUCCAGGACAAGGCUCUCUGCCCCCACCCCCUGCCCGCCCACCACCACGCCCCUCUCUGUAAAUCCUCAGCAGUGAUUGGGAGGGCAGGGGUUGACUAGUACUAGUACAAGGCAGAUCAACAGGAAUCACAACUGUCCCCUCAUUCUACUGCCACCCAGGAUAUCUGUGUGGCUCACACACUUGUCAGCUAUUUGUUUACAGUGGCCCAUGUACACAUGUAGGUCAAGAGUACAAAGAGAAGUUGUACUUGAGGUUCCACGGAUAUCUCCUGAUGGACAGCUUUCGUUAUAGACAGAUCUAUGUUGUCCAUAGCUGGCCAGGUCUGCACAAAAUACUGUUACCUUGCCAUGGCAAUAAGGGCUAAGCCCAUCUGUCCAUUCUACAACCAACAGAAGAAUGGAUGGAUAUCGUCGUAACAAAGUAAAGCCAAGUGUUGGAUGGUUGCCUGUUUUAAAAAAAUGAACUGAGGCUCUUGAGAGAUGGCUGAGGUAUUAGGUUCAGAAAGAAAUUGAGAGAUGUCUCCAAAUGACAUUCCGAUAAUGUAUCAGUCUGAAUUUUCCACAUGCAAUAUUUGUUUUUCACUGACAAACAAGUUAUUAUGAGCAGUGGAAGGAUUCUUAGAAUCACAAAAAUGUCCCAGUGCCAAAUGCCCUGCUGCAUUGCACAAUUACUGUCAAGUCGAGGACAAUGUUUCUUAAUGACAGCAUAAAGGAUGAUUUUACGCCUUAAAUGUGCCUUUAAUUAAAAACAGAAUGUUAUUGGAGAGCAAUUACAUUCCAGUGGUUUAAGUAAUUUGUUCAUCCAUGUGACAGUGUUUGAUUCAUAUGAUGGGUCUUUGUUAGUUUAUAGCAUUCCUAAAAUGUUUUAUACAUAUAGCGUGUAUAAAUAUGUCUUACUUUUUGUCUUUGUAUUGUCCAUUCAGUGUUGGAUAACUAUUUUGCAGAGUAUGAUUGUUGUGGUGAAAGAAAUAAUCAUUACGAAUAAAUGACAAUAAAUGUGUGCAUACGAGUCCUCACAAUUAUGCCAAAUUCCUCAGAAUCAGCACUAUCAAUGGUUAAUGUUAUAUAGUUGGGUUUACAAUGUUGUAUUUCAUCUCAAAAUGUUAUGACGUAUAUAUCCUUGGCCUUCCCCCCAAAAAUGUUAAAAAUGUUUUGUCAUUGCUGCUCCUGUGGUUCAAUGUGGUUUAUUGAAGUCACAUUUAAAAAAAAUCUAAUUACAUAUUGUGUAACUGACCAAAGAAUAUCAUAGGGUAAUGAUGGUUAGCCUCUGAACCGGGCCACGACGACUUCAACUAUUGAUGCUAAGUCUAUAGGCAGUCUAUGGGUCAAAAUAUUCCAAGCACAAGUUGGAUUAUGUAAUGCUUUGAGUUGCCCAUAAAACAGGAUGAGUUUUAUGUAAACACACUUGAUGAAACUAUAUGUCUUAUUAUCACACCCAGACACACAUGUAGGCAGGCAUCUGCAUGUGUGGUUCUGUGCCAGUGACUGGGAUCUUGUCCACACAAUGGAUCAGAAUCUCCCCUGCAGCAUCAGACACUUUACUAUACCUCCAGAUGGUGUAAUAUGGGCCAGGCCUUCUGCCUAUCCAUAAGAGGAAGAUUGGAGACAAUCAUGGAAAGUUGGUUUUGUAUUGAGUCAAGUUCAUGAAAGUACAUAUUGAUGUACAGAUGUCUGAUUUUGUAUAGUAAAAGGCGCAUCCAAAUAUUUAGCAAUCUGAAUAUGUGUAGCAAAGGAAGGCAUUUUAUGUUGGGUCUAGAAAACUUGAAGUGGAGUCACUCUCUGUGUUCCUUUGUGAAGGAAUCACAUUUUCAUUACAGACUUAUUGACCAUGCACCUGCCAGGCUCUCAGGUCAAAAGAAGUGUACUGUAGCCGGGAGACUGGAAAGCAAGGCAGUAUAAGCAAGUACAGAUUUAGCUGUCAUUGCUAUGUAACCAAUUGUCAUUUAGAGUUUAUGAAGUAAACGUUGAAUCCUU